AUGGCAUCCGUGACCAAAAAACUAGCAACUCUAUCUAAAACUGCCAAACUUAUAAUUGACCUUCGCACAGGUUUAGGUGCAGCUAAAUUGGAUCCUGAUGUUAAAAAAGUCUCUUUAGUUUUUUCUAGAAAGCAAGAUAAUGCUGCUUUUAACAAUCCUGAUCUUAAUAUUGACGUUUUAAUAUCUAAAGAGUACGGUGUUAAACCGAUUCUGACUGUUGAAUUUGGUAAAUAUAUUAUAUAUGUAUUUUAG